GAAGACCCUAAGCGUUAGGAUCUUAGACCGGGAGGUGUACAAUAAGCAGUCCUCCUUCUACGUUCUGCUCGAAACCCCCCAAUGGAGACGCAGCAGGAAGGAGCAGACAGAAGACAAGCCGAAGGAGGAGGAGGAGGAGGAGGAAGAAGCGCUGACAGGAAAAGACGAUGAAGAGCGGCGCAUCGCUGAGAUGGGCCGGCCGAUGCUGGGAGACCACGUGAAGCUGGAGAUCAUCAUCGAGGAGUCGUACGAGUUCAAGAACACCGUGGACAAGCUGAUCAAGAAGACCAACCUGGCUCUGCUGGUGGGAACCAACAGCUGGAGAGACCAGUUCAUAGAGGCCAUCACUGUGAGCGCAGGUGAGGACGAUGACGAUGACGAGUGCGGCGAGGAGAAGCUGCCGUCCUGUUUCGACUACGUCAUGCACUUCCUCACCGUGUUCUGGAAGGUUCUGUUCGCCUUCGUGCCGCCCACAGACUACUGGAACGGCUGGGCCUGCUUCGUGGUGUCCAUAUGCAUGAUCGGCCUGCUCACCGGCUUCAUCGGGGACCUCGCCUCCUCCUUCGGCUGCACCGUCGGCCUGAAGGACUCCGUCACGGCUGUGGUCUUUGUUGCAUUGGGAACCUCUGUACCAGAUACCUUUGCCAGUAAGGUGGCUGCCAUCCAGGACCAGUAUGCAGACGCCUCCAUCGGCAAUGUGACGGGUUCGAAUGCUGUCAACGUGUUCCUGGGCAUCGGGGUGGCGUGGUCCAUCGCAGCCAUCUACCACCAAAGCAAUGGGAACGAGUUCCGGGUGGACCCCGGCACGCUGGCCUUCUCCGUCACCCUCUUCACCAUCUUUGCCUUUGUCGCCGUCGGCACCCUGAUGUACCGACGGAGGCCGGAGAUCGGUGGCGAGCUGGGCGGGCCCCGGACAGCGAAGGUCCUGACCACCAUGCUGUUCUUCAGCCUGUGGCUCCUCUACAUCCUCUUCUCCUCGCUGGAGGCCUACUGUCACAUCACGGGCUUCUAAGACGACAAGGAGACGACAGAGGGAAGGAGAACAUGGAAGGAGAAGCCAAGGGGAGGUGGGUGAAGAGAUGGAUUUGCAAAUCAAGACUGUCUCAUAGAUCUAUCACUCCCCCCCCUUUACGCAAUAGAUUGAAUGAGGGAUGAAUGGAUGUACAGAUGAAGGAAUGGAGGACGCAUUAAAGCAUCUUAAAGCAGAAUCUAAAGGAGUAAGGAGACGUUGAAGGAUGACAGCAGACAGGAGAACCUUGGGAUCAAGAGAAAUGGCUCAGAAGAUGGAAAAAUUGUUGGAAAAUGAAUAAACUAAGGAAUACAUGUUUUGUCUCAACCUAUAAAUCCAAACCAAUCAAGCUGUCUUGAACCCGCCCCCGCUCGAGAGAGAAACACACAGCUGGUUCAACGCACUGAAAUCAAAGUCUUAAUAAAACGAGGAGCGAGAAGAAUUACCGACGUAGUGACGCACCAUCGCAGCUGCGAGGAGGCGUGGCUUCAACAUUCAUCCUCUGUCACAUCCCGCUGCAGCGAGAUGAGCCUGCAUCAGUGUGCACAUGCAUGACCAGACCCAACUGAACACACAAUCAGAAGAGGACGGACAUAUUGCCAUAACUGUUUAAUGACAACAAACUGUGAGCGUGCUGCUGUGUGACUGUGUGUGUCUGUGCUCGUGUGUCGUGGGAGAAGAUGCUGAAGUACUGUGAUGAAAAAAUAACUCCUCGUUUCGCCGUCUCAGCAUGAGACGAGCUUCUCGUGCUCGAGGACCUUUUUGACUCUAGCUGAAGAAACGCUGAGUAAUGCUUUGUGGGGGGGGGGGGGGGGGGGACAUCACUGAAGUUAGAAAUGUAAAUAAGAGCUGGACGCAGCUCCUCUACUUUCCAUCUGAAUGUCCUGGUUCCGCCCUGCGCUCCUGAAUGGGCUCUUUUCUGUUGCUUUGUACUGUAGAUGUGAUUUAAGGUCUAAUUUUAAUCGAGGAGGGGUUAGUGUGCUUUUACCUUUAAUAAGGCCGCGUCUGAGAAGACACAAAAUGGCCGCUCUACCGUUUAAAACUGUUAGAGAAGCUAUUAUCAUUGCAUAAAUAUCUAGGUUAAUAUUACGUGUGUUGUUUUUUUAUGUUUUUUUAAACUGUGGAAUUCCGUUACCUGGUUUUCCACCAAGGAGAUCGCCACCAUCAUCGUCAUCCAUCAUAACAUUGCAAUAGACUUCUUAACGUUAAGUCCCGCCCUCAGUGAAACAUCGUACUUGUCGUAGCCGCCUCUCGUCAUCGUUUCUCUCACGUUGAUGCUGAUUUUCUAUUGGUUCACUCGACAGCGUCGGUCAUUAUCCCAGUGUGUCUUAACCACCUCCCGCUGGCUGGUCAGUGGACCAAUCAAAAUCCUCAAGGGCUUUGUAAGAAACAACCACUGAUUCCUUUUCCUGAUUCCUGAUUCAUGAUUCUUCGUACAGAUCGACCCUCACUGGGCUACGUAACAGGGACUCGUAUUCCCCCGACCGUAUACAUCACUCACUUCGUUGGGAGAAGUUUGCUUCGGUUUGGCUUUAAGAGAAAAAUCUACAAAAAACAAGACGAUAAAAUAAGUAACACAGCUUCAUUUAGUGCAGACAUUAUCCAGAGUUACACAGAUCUCAGAGCAGCAGACAGAGCUUCUGGUGGGAGAGUUUCCCAGUUGAUUACAAAGUCUGCUUAUAAAUCGCAAUAAGCCUUAUUCCAAAUUACCACGACCUUUAUAUACAGGCCUUGGAAACCAACGGAGUAUUGGCUUUGGGUGUGGAGGUAGUUUUACUAACCGCUAAGGGACAAAUACCUUCUUCUUACAGUAGCCCACAGCAACAUAGGGUACAUCUAGUCUUUAUUUAUCUCUUUUUAUAAACUCAGAGGUUCGACAACCACUCGUACACUGAAAUCCUGGUACAAUCAUUUCAAUUGGCUGCUUGUUGGAGAGUACCCGCCCUCUGUGACCUGUCUUACGAAGUGAGUUCACCCACUGUACGUCGGGCUCUCCUGAUGUCUGACUCUUUAUCCAGCUUCAGCAAGAUCGUAUGAAAGUGUCUUGACUUGUUCUGCUGUAGUUUAACGGCUCAUUUAUGCACAACAUCACAUUCAGAAGUAAAUAGAGCGGCUAUCCGUCCUAUCCCUUCAUUUAACACACAUCUUCUGGAUACAGACCAAACAGCAGUACUACAGGAAACCAUGGGGGGGCAGUGUAGUCCAUAGUUCCAGCGAGACGUGAGGGAGAUACUUCUUCAGUUGUUCAGAAGGUUCCUGGUGAUGAGAACAUCUAGAUUCUGCACUAGGCCCUCGAGUGUGGGCAUCGACGGAACCUUGUUUAAAACAGACGCUUAUCUCUUCUUACGUAAAAGUAGCAUAAAUGAGCCGUGAUGCUAAUUAGUUGUGUAGCCGUGGUUAUCUACACUGCAGAAAGUUAACUAAAGUGUAACUCACUUUAUAAGACAGACCCACACAGAUUCUGAAAUGAGUUCCACGUAGUGUAAGUUAUUAAUUUGAGGUUUUAACAACUAGCUCUGUUUGGGUGUUACAAACAGUUUGUGCAUGAGGAGACAGGGUUCUUCUCCCUGAUGUCUUGAAAGUCAACUUGAAAAUACUCAGAGUUCUGUUUUAAUACUAAAGAUACCAAACAAUGAUCUCGAGCAACAGCCGGGUGUCUUUGAAAACCAAUAAGUCCAACACUGGACGAGCUAGUAAACAUGAAUCAAUACUGGAACACUGGCAACACCAGAAUAUUUAACUUUCCAAAUCAACCACAUUUUAGUCCAAACUUCACUAACUGUCAUUAUCACAGGCUCUGAGUCACUGGCAGAGAAAUACAAACAAUAUUUCCACGUGCAGAACUUCAAUCUUCAAGCCCACAGCGACUAUCAGAGAGUUUACGCUUCAGACUGUUAACUGCUUUCCUCGUUCAGCCAAAAUACCUAAAUCUCAAUGUUCUCUCACCUUACUGUAUAUGUAGGCAUUCGAAAAGUCCAUAGUUUAAAUGGCACUACACUGUAUGCAUCUGAAUUGGCCAGAAUUUUCCUGCUGAUGUUGUGUUUUUUUACUUGAUGUAUUAUAUGAUAAGUAGUGUUUUAAAGGUCAAUCUGUAGAGUCGGUGGUCUGGGCUCGAUUCCCCAGACAGCUUCAGCCCCGGUGAGCGAGCCGAGCUGAGCAGAGUCCUGGACUGGAGCAGUUCGGUAACUCCCGACUAAGAGGAAGAUAACGUUAAAUUCUGACAACAAAUUGUGCACUUGGGACUCGAGAACCACUCCAGGACGACCGAAUAAAAAUUGUCAGUGUCCCUGCAAAACAUAAAAUAAAUUUGAAACAUGGCCGAUCUAAAAAAUUCUAACGAUAAAUUUCUAAAUGCUGCAAAUGUCGAGCGUUUGUGGAGGAACUCUAGAACAAAUUACCCUUUGGCAGUCGAACAUUAAGAAUAAGCGAGACGUCCGAUUUGCUUGUAUUUGCCAAACACUGCACAACGUGUGUCUCUCCGUUAGAGUAGCUGUUCCCAUGUGAAGGCCUUGGAGUGGCAGUUUACCCCUGUUUUGCCAAAGGGAAAUCUUUCUAUCACAAUCUUAAUAUUUGCAGUCCGACCUGUGAAGGGUUUUAUAACCAGUGGAACUUUCUUAAAACACCAAAUAUUAUUCAUACUUCAUAUCCACUCUGAAAAGAGACAAACAGACGCCUUGCUAUAGUUUAAGCACUAACUAGAAAAUCUUUCUAUUUAAAUUUGUAUGCAUUUGUCUCUUCACUGGCAUGGGGCUGAAGGUUUAUACACUGUAAAAAGUUAAUGCUAGCUUGCGCAAAAAAAAAAGAAGAAAUAAUGUUGUAGAAGCAGAUUGCAUCAUUAGUAACUCUAACAGGGUAAAUAUUAUCUUAAAUAUGAAUAAAUCAUGUUGGAUUUACUUAAAAUUGCCUGCUGCCUAAUUCGUCAGAGUGAACUUGUGGAGGAAGUAAAAAGCUUCGCAGUUACGUAGUUGUUAGCAUUAAGCUAGUUUGCUGCAUACGUUUUCAAGAAGCUAACUUUUCUUUUCCAUUUAUGGGAGUUAGCUCUUUCGCUACGCCAGCUUGGUUGCUCCACCUCUCUCUACCUUGACUUGAAGGCUAGUCUUACGCGAUGCUAAUGACAGGUUAGCCGUUCAAAGUGUUCGUACCAAGUUGGGAAGUUUGUCACAAUUGCUACGUUUGUUUUUCUAACUCUUCAAGGAAAGGAAUUGCAAAUGCACUUCGAUUUAGCUUCCUACCUUGGUUUGGACGGGUCAAAGGUCAGACAGGCCAUCGCUGUACAUACGUUUUUACACUAAGACCAAGCAAGUGUUUGACGAAGUGGGCGGGGUUUCAAAUGAAGGAAAAGCAUUGCACUGGUUCUUUUCGCUUGCGUGAAACGGCUGCUACGUCGUUUCCUUAACAAAAGUUGCUUCUGAUGCUAACAGCAACAGAGAUAUUGUUGUUUUUUUGGACUCACAAUAAUAAUGUUGUACCUGAUGUAAGAAAAAAAAAUACAAUGGUGUUGAAUCAGUUGUGUACCAUUAGCGACGUUCUGAUGUAAAGAUUGAUGAUUGGUUCGUUGCUUCGUUCGCUUCUCGACCGACCGACUCGUCUGUGUGACAGACGGAGGAGCGACAGACAGAAGGACUGACAGAAGGACUGACAGAAGGACUGACAGAAGGACUGACAGAAGGACUGACAGAAGGACUGACAGAAGGACUGACGCCGGUGCAACUAACGUACUGUCGGGAAAAGAAAAAGAGAAAACUUUACCGGAGCUCUUCUCUCCCCUUAAAGUGAAGAGGAGGAUGAUAAAGAGAGGAAGAAGGAAGAAGAUAAAAAUUAAAGACAAAAAAAAAAUGAAGUUACAGCCAUACAUUGAUUUCUGGGUCAGCGAGACAGAAAUGGACUCCUCCUGCCCAGCAUGUGUAUUGUUAUGGUGUCUCUCUGUCCCUGUGUCUCUAACCCGUCUUUCUCUGCCGCCACAUUAACCAAUCGGGCGGCAAAUCCUUUUUGUUCCGUCUUUCUCCUCCCAGAUGCCCCUCCCCCUUUUCCUCCCUCCUUCUGCCAUGUUUUCCAUAUUUUGGAAUGUCGAUGUGCUACUUGUUGAUACUGUGCAUGAAUGAUAACAUGUCUGUAUAUAGUUAUAGAGAAUCGUAUCCCAUUCCCCCUGGAGUUGACAAAAAAAAUGGUUUGAAUGUUGUACAGAUUCAGGCUUUUAUUCUGUUCUCUGUUCUUUUAUGUAAGUAGAGCUUAACGACCGUGUGUUUUUAAUUUAAACGAAGACAAUGACGUCUUCUCGUGUCGAGUAACUUGCACAUGACUAAUUAAUUAUGGUUAUUUUUGGUAAAAAGGCAAUAUCUGCUGUUAUUGAUUGAGAGAUGAGAUCUUUGAGGAGUUAUAUAUCUUAAAUAAAUAUUCUAUAGGGGAGUUGCAUGGGUUGUUUGUACAAAAAAAAUAAUAAUAGACACUGCUUGCUACUUCAAAUACCGUGGCUGUAUUCUCAGAGAGGGCGAGGAAUACUGUAUGUACAUCUAAAGGUUAUUUUGUCAUUUAAGAGAUAAUAAUGAUGAUGAUGAAUAUUGUGUAUAUACUGUACAGUGUUUAAUUGAGGUGGACUCCAUGGCCAUCUGACCGUAGAGAGUUGAUUCUACAUAUUUAUUUAAAGGAAACUAAAACACUCACUACACUCAAGAAUGACAUAUAUUGCCUUUUUUUUUUAGAAGUUGUUUGCUUGUUUCUCCCCCUCCUUUCAAUCUGUUCAUUUAUCCGUCUCCUUUCUUCCCUCCAUCACUGUCCGACAGCUUCACACCUUCUUGUCGUUUAUCCCUCUUUUGUUUUUCCAUCUUCAUCCCUCCAUACUGACUCAAAGUAUAUCUGCUCCAGCGUUUGUCUGCACUCGAGGCCCGUGUGUUCGAUUCCGAACGUCCGUCAUAUUUCCAAACCAAAUCCCCUCUUUCUUCUGAAUCCUCUCUUCCACCUCCAUCCCUCCUUCCCUCCAUCCAUCUCUCCCGUCUUUCUUUCCUCUCUCUCUCUUCUUCUCUCCGCUCUCACAGGGUGAAGUCGGGAGUUUCAUGUUUGUCGAUAUGAUUUUGUGUGUUUUCUUUUUGAAUGGAACAAUAACCACAAAUUAAAAUGUUGGGAAUAAUGAAGACUUUUUUUUUUUUUUGCCACUGUUGAUUUUCUUUUUGUUUGUUGUGUUUUUUAAUUGAUUUGUGUUGAUCAACAUCUGACAGGAGGAACGUUGUGUGUGUGUUGCCACUAACUGUGACUGCUCUCCAUGGUACAUGGUACUUCUGAUGAAACCAAUAAAAUAAAGUUUGGGAUACCGUGUUUCAGAGA